UCAAACUACACCAUUUCUGACUGGUCCCCGUGGACGGCAUGCAUUGAUGUACCCGGAACUAGCAGUAAGCGUGGAGAGAAGACCAGGGUCCGCACGUGCGUGGACGACCUUGGUGACACUGUCGCAUGGAGUGAGUGCAACUGCACGUGUUUGAAUAACGAAACCAACGGCUGCUAUCUUCCGGUUGAUGGAAGCUGGGGGAAAUGGGGAGACUGGAAGUGUAUUAGCAACACGUUUACACGAUUUAGAUCCUGUUCGGACCCACGACCAGCACAUGGCGGCCAAGACUGUGUGGGAGACUCCCGGGAGGAAGAUCCAACUUUAUUUCUUGACGGCGGGUGGACGUCAUGGACCAAUUACAGCGCAUGCUCGGUUCCAAUGGGUCAUGGGACUAAAUACCAAACCAGAGAGUGCACCAAUCCGGAACCUUGCGGAGUGUUAGCGCAGCAUUGCGUGGGAGCUAAUUCUUCUGGAGCAGAUUGUGAAGAAUUUCCACCAUGUCUGCAAGGAUCAGUGUUCGGGGGCAAUUACAUGACAAAAGACGACCCACUGGUUCUCUACACCUCAGCCAACAUUGAAGUUUAUCCAAGAACCCAAAUCACAUGUUCUCAUCUACACGUCAUUAGUAAUUGGACUUUAUACUCAGUUGAUGAUAAAACAAAAAACGAAACUCACAUCUUGAACACAACUCAAUCGGCGCUGUACAUCCCUCGAGGGGAGUUCCCGCAAGGCCUGUAUCGUCUCUUUGUCUAUAUGUCCUACACAAAACACUUUGAGUACGGAUUUGUGGAGGGUUAUAUGUACUUCCGGUUACAGUUGCCGCCUCCCAAUGUUUUCAUCCAGGGUGGGUCGGGAAGAAUGAGCAAUCCUGGGACCAUUACGGUCGAUGCCUGGACCGGGUCGUACGAUCUAACUAAAGGGCCCGGGUAUAGAGACGGCAUGGAUUACUCGUGGAGCUGUUUUGAGUUUCCGACUAAUUCCCUGGACAUGCUGAUGUCCUUUAUUGUCCCGGAUUACUUUGCGUUCAAGUCCAAUGUAACGACAUCUCGAAUUUCUUGGGAUUUUAUGAAUAGUUUGGUUGAUUUGUCAAAUAAGUUCUUGGACACGUUUCUCUUAGUGAAUCAAGUUUUCUUCAACGAGACGUUCGUUUAUCAGCACGUUAACUUAGAAAACAUCUCUAGCCCAGAUACCUGCUUGUCCUACAAUGAAACAAGUGGGAAUCCUUGCUACCUUGACAAUGUAAUAAAUGCAGAAUCAUAUGCAUCAUUGCAAGAGUUUCUAAAUCCUAGUUUCAUUGAGGAAAUCAAAACUCAACGGUUAAACGCAAAAUCAGUUACAACAGAUGUCGAGAAUGUAUUGCCGAUGUUGAAAUUGGACGAAAAUACAACGAGCUCGGAUAUCGGAACAAUAGAGAACGAUUUCUUGCCAGCAAUGGAUGAUAUGAUAAGAUACUCACGAAUUUUGUCAGAACUAUUGCUUAACUUCAACACAUUACAGGCCGAAACACCAAAAGAGAAUUACACCAUUUCAACUCUUCAGAUCCUCGACGAGCAACUCGCAAAAAUAGCAAAACAGGCAAGCAACCUGGCAAACACGAGCUUCCCAGACUUGAUUUUACAGGAGAUGCAAAUAUAUGCACUGAUUUUCAAAAUGUUCGAAAACAAUAAUUGUGAAUCCUUCUCCACAACAAGCCCGGGAUACGCCCAGUUGUAUGCCGAUCCCGACCAUCCUAAGAAAGCCCUGGGAUACGUCGUGACAGUCAAAAUAUCCAUUAAAGGAGCUGAGAACACUUACCAACAGAGUAUACAAGUAGUGUUCCCCAAAUCGGACAAUGACACUAUACCUGAGAUAAACUUAGAGUGCUAUUUGAAUUGCAAGCCGAGAGUCGCAACCUCCUUGAUGAUGUCAAUCCGAGUGAAAUGUACGACUUGCUCAAGAGACGACGAGAAAAGAGCCGUCUACAAAUGGAAUCUGGUGGAGUAUGACCCAGCAACAAAAGCCACCAGAGCCAUCAACGAAUGGGAGAAUUGGUUAGAAACAGAUCCCUCUGAACCCAAAUUUGUCGUGAAGGCCAAUUCCUUUCGCGGGCUGUCGUAUUACCUUCUUACGGUUAAGAUGAAUGUCUCGAACAGUUGGUCAGAAAUGCAAAUGAUCUUGGAGACAACGAAUCCCCCUUAUGGAGGGAUAUGCGGAGUUACGGAAGUAACAAAAUCAGGUCAGGUUGAUUUAGAACUGAGGGGGUGGAAAGACGAGGGAUUUAGAAGACAGCAGAAUGUGGAGUUAGAUUGGAAGGAACAGAUAAGUUAUCGUAUAUUUCAAGAGGACUCGCAAACUAAAGAGAAAUCACUCGUGUACGAAGGCUAUGAACGAAUUAUAAGUGGAUUGUACUUUAAUUACGGAUAUAAAGAAGACAAGUCGUUUAUAACUAUUUACGCUGAAGUCCUCGAUGUCUUUGGCGAUUUUACCACCUGUAACAUUGCACCAUUUCAGAUAUUUUCGCCGAUGAAGGACACCUCGGUAGACGACUUUCUGGUGAAUUCCCAGGAGAUGAUAGAAACUGCGAUCGAACAGUCCAACACCGGCCUCGUAUCCAUGACACUAGAAACAACCAUUAGUACCUCAAACAGGGAGGAACUUCCCGAGACUAGUUUCAUUGAUGAGUUGAUUGAAAACCCGGAAACCUGGAGCAGUAUUGGGGAGGCAACCACGUUUGAAAACCUCUUCCAAAACUUGAUGGUUACAGAUCAAAAUUACACAAAUCAAGAGAUUCUAAAAGAGGGAAUGCAGAAUAUGACUGCCUAUCUGAAAACGUCGACAACUUCUCUGAAAAUUGACAACACGGUCUUACAACGACAGAUGGCGUUUUGUUCGGGGUCUUCCAUGGAAAUCAAACAACUAGUCACACAGGAGGCUAUGGUUUCGGCUCUGAGUUCCACCAAUGACGUCAUCGAGAACUUCAUCAACACGUCAAUUAAAGCUAACUUCCCUGUCUACGAGGACUAUCUGUCAACUUCAGAAGCCAUCUUGCGUUCGGUGGACAAUAUGCUCAACAUUUUGAUACCAAAGUUAAGUCCUGAUAUUCCGGAAACAAACGACAUCUACAAAAUAGCGGACCAGUAUAGCUCUGAAGACACAAUUAAUGCUUAUGAUGGAUUGGGAUUUUCGCCACAGGAGAGGGCACUAUUUGUGUCAAUGUCUAUUGAUGCGUACCAAGAAAGUGUUAACUCUUCCCUUGAAAUGGCAAACCAAACGGUGCCGAAUGUUCAGAAGUCUAUUCUGGAACUUGGAACGGUAUUAAAAGAGAUCACACAUAGGAAACAAUUUGAAGUUGAGGUGACAAGACCGGGAUUAAAGACAAGCAUGGAGAAAGUGCAGGUGGACCAAGAAAUCGAUAGGAAAAAUCUGAAAAUUAAGUUUGAUCUGAACACCGAUCUGGAAGAAGAUUUACAGGUUACUCAAUAUUCCAAAACUCCGUUUAUUUGGGAUCCGGAAGCUAAAUAUAUAGAGUCACCAACGGUCCACAUUGCACUGGGAAAUAGAACGUCACUUCCGUCUGUAAAAACAAAAUUCAGUGUGUCCUCUUCGGUGACCAAACGACAAAUUGUGUUAGAUUUUCCAGACGAUACAGACGAGUAUGUUUCCCGGUCAUUCGCCUACAAGAUUUGGUGGAAGAAUCCGGCCGAUAAUUUGGUCUUCAGUUUUGAACGUGACAACAGUACUCUCGAUUCAUUUUCGCACGUCGUUUACGCAAAAAAGGAUAGCACUCCGACUAGUUUGGAUCACGAGUGGACAAAAAUCAUCACACAGAGCGACUGGAUUGAUGGGGGCGCUUCUUGUCUUCUUCCGAAAAACUUUUGUUCGAAGCCAUGUCUGAUGUUUUUUGCUGUUCAUGUUACAUUUAUUCCAAAAUCAGGACAUAGUAGAAAACGUCGUUCCGUUUCGAAUAGUACCGUCACUUACAGCACGUCGAAUAUUACCGUCACUAACAGCACGUCAUCUGUAAGUUAUGACGUCAGCGGAUGGACGACAGGUUGUCGAGUAUGGGAUGGGCAACAAUGGGACAAAACUUCUUGCCAGGUAUCCCCGGAGACAAAUAACAGAGAAACUGUUUGUGAUUGUCAAAAUCCCCCAGGGGAUAACUUCGCAACGUCGUUCUUCGUUCCACCGAACUCGAUCGAUUUUUCGACGGUUUUCGAGAAAUUCGACAUCAUUGGGAACGGAGCGGUGUUCGGCACAGUGACGGCCAUUAUAGUGUUGUACGUCAUUGGUCUGUUGGUGGGUCGACGUUACGACAAGAAGGAUCGAGAAAAGUGGAAGCUGUUUUACAUGAGUGACAACUUAAAGACGGACAAGCACGUGUACCUGGUCUCUGUCUUCACCGGUCUGUCCAGGAACUCCGGCACCACGAGUAACGUCAGCUUCGUCAUCGCCAGUCUCCUCAAAGACACGGGAGUCCGUCAUCUCACUGACGGAGUCAAAAAGGGUUUCGAGACAGGAAGUGUCUUCACUUACGUCAUGACCGUUCAGGAUUCCCUUGGUGACCUGACUUUUCUGAACAUCUGGCACGACAACAGCGGGAAGGGAGGGGACGCCUCGUGGAAUCUAAUUAAAGUUGUCGUAGAAGACGCACACACGGGGAAAAGAUUUGUAUUUUUCUGUAACCAGUGGUUGAGUCUGGAUUCACACGAAAGCUCCAUACAGUGCACAGUUCCCGUGGCAACCUCCGAAUCUCUCCAGACUUUUAAUUUCAACUUUAAUGAAAACACUCGAGAAAACGUCACCGACAGCCAUUUAUGGUUAUCCAUGUUCAUAAGACCUGAAAAAAGCACCUUCACACGCUGUGAACGUCUUUCAUGCUGCGUGACUCUACUUUUCUUAACAAUGAUUUCUAAUGCCAUGUUCUACGGAAAAGACGAAGCGGUAGAGCAAAUUCGCGUCGGUCCUAUCAAAUUUGCUCUAUCCUCUAUUUACAUAUCAUUUGUUGGAAUUAUCAUGACAUUCCCUAUUGUUCUAACAAUAUCAAUGAUAUUCAAAAAGUCAAAAUGGCAAAAGGAAGCUGAAGACAGAGACAAAGACAGAGAAAACGUCGAAUCCUUUUUGACACAGAAGAAAGAAAUGAAGUUUCGAAUGCCACCCAAAUGCUUAUACGUCGCAUACGUCCUUGUUGUUCUGUCCAUUCUGCUGUCUGGGUUUUUCGUGGUUCUGUACAGUAUGGAGUGGGGAAAAGCUAAAUCCGAGGAAUGGCUGAAAACUUUUUUCAUGUCUUUUCUGGAAUCGUUGUUUAUUGUUGAUCCCAUUAAGGUUAUAGCAGUUGCUGUGUUCUUGUCCAUCAUUACCAAAAAAUCUCUUGAUGACAGUAAAUACGAGACAACGAAGCUACUGGAACAAUCCCAGACCAGGGCACUGGCAUUUGCUCGAGACACUAAAAACAUAGCCUGUUACGGAAAACCUUACGACGAGCAAACGCUGGAGAACAUGAAACGAAAACGGUUACAGGAACUGAGAGUCAAGAGCAUCCUUGUGGAGCUCCUGCUCUACGUCUGCUUCCUGACCAUCUUGUACUUCAUCAGCUACAACAACAGAGAUUUCAACUCAUAUCACAUAACACGACAUUUGAACAAUCAACUUCUGCAGAGCCCGACCAAAAACAGCAGUUUCCACACACUUCGAUAUUUAAAUGUGCGGAGUACAGAGUAUUUCUACGACUGGUUGAGGAACACCUUGAUUCCAUUCGUUUUUCCAUUAACAUGGUACAACGGACAAGCACUGAAUUCUUUUGAACGGCAGAACACUAAAGAUCAGGCAAAUUACAGGCUAGGACCUGUAAGGCUACGGCAACUUCGAGUCAAAGAGACUAAAUGUUCUAUUCCUCUGAUUCUGGAUGCCACCUGCUACGCAGAUUACGGAAUCCCUACGGAAGAUGAGCGCAGCAAUUGUCAGAGCUGGGGAUUACCUUUUUGUGACGUCACUAAAACACGUUGGUCUUCUAAAGCUUGGCAGUUUACCAGUGCCACUGACAUAUGGGGUGUUCCAACCAUAGGACUCCAGGGGACUUACGGCGGAGGGGGCUACGUGGCGGAUCUAGGGAUCCACCGAACGUACGCCAAUGUCAUGUUGGAUGAACUUUACAAUAACCUAUGGAUAGAUAGACAAACUAGAGCUGUAUUUGUGGAGUUCACCCAAUAUAACAGCAAUGCCAACCUGUUCACGUUUGUAUCCCUUAUGACCGAGUUUCCACAGACUGGCGGCGUGUUGACAACUGCCCAUGUGUAUCCUUUGAGAGUUUAUCAGCAUGUUGGAAACUUUGGGGUAUUCAUCUUUCUGUGCGAAAUAGUCCUCAUGAUCUGCGCUUUGGCUUUCUUCGUCUAUUUCGUCGUGCAAAUCGUGAAACACAAGAAAGCGUUUUUCAGAGAUACAUGGCGCCUUUUUGAUCUCGUCAUUGUCGUGUUGACUGUAGUUGGUGUUGCAAUGUAUCUUACAAGAAUGCUUUUCACGUCGUGGACGAUCACAAAAUUUACGGAUCAGAAACUGAAGUUCGUCAACUUUGGACAUAUUGCUCUUUGGGAUGAAGUUCUCAAUGCUUUCCUGUCCUUUCUUGUCUUUUUAUCGACUAUCAGAAUUCUUCGAGUUUUGAACUACAGUCGAAGCAUUACUCAUUUAGCUGGAGUACUGUCUAAUGCCAGACAAAACCUCUUGGGUUGCUUCUUUAUGUUUGCUUUGAUAUUCGUAGCAUACGCAGGUUUCGGCUACCUCCUGUUUGGCUCAGAUCUUGAAACCUACAAAAACAUGUUUGUUUCAAUCACAACUAUAGUCAAUUCACUGGUUGGCCGAAACAGCCUCCAUGGGUUGAUAAUGGCGCGCCCUGUGAUAGCUGAAUUCUACUACUUUACAUUUGUGACGUUUGUCAUUUGGAUUGUGAUGACAAUGAUGUGCGCUACUCUGAACAGAAGCAUUCGAGAAAUUCGAAACAAAAUCGAAAGUCACGAACGGAUGUACGAAAUAGACGACCUUCUGCAUGAUCUUCUGAAGGAUUUCUGGCACAAAAUUCAUUUCAAACUCCCGUCAGUCUCCAAGGCAACGCAUGAAUUACGUCGCACCAUAACCUCAGUGACGUCAGGAGACGUCAGUCUGAUCCUACAGGAGUUUGAGGAAGAUUCCUGCAGCGAGGAUGAACAGGAACCAAACACAAUAAGCAAUUGCUGAAGAAUGAGAUCUUCACUGCAAGUGGACUCUUGUUAAAAACAAAUUCAAACACAAUAUCUUUGCUUGUUGAAAAGUUUUUAUUUUUAUACAACUGAUGAGGAUACUACUGUUAUAGUACAUGUUUGGUCUGUUAAUAACAGAAAAAGAAUCACGUUGUGCUGCCAACUUUACUCAGACAUAACCACAUUCAACACACUUGUAAAUUUGAUUGAUGAAGGCACGUGUACAGUCAACACAAUUACGUAAAAAUCUUUUUAAAGACUUACAGCAAAUAGGGAGAAGAGGAUUGUGACCAUUCAACUGAAGGGAUAAAAACACAUGCAGUUUAGUGAGAGAUAAAAGAUGAUUUGUGUUUAUGGUAGAAAUGUAAAUAUAUAAUGCUAGUUAUCUAUAAAAUAGUCGAAAGUACAGUUUAUGGGGAAAGUGCAUUGAUCAACAUGUAUGUACAACAAUUGUAAUUUGAAUAUUAAUAAAUACAUCAUAACUGCUAUGA